CAGCCCUUGUUUUUUUUUUUUUUUUUUUUUGCAACCCUCAAAGAAAGUAUAGCUCUUCCAUAUCUAUAAUCCACCAUGGACAAAGCUUCAAAAGCUCUGCUAUUUUCAUGUGUUCUGUUUUCAAUCUGUGCUUCAUCGUUUGCUCAAACAUGCAAGAGCUAUACUUUCAGCAACAAUGCCAUAUACAGUUCUUGCCUCGACCUUCCUGUAUUGAGUUCAUUCCUCCAUUGGAACUAUUCCCAAACAUCAAGCACACUUGACAUAGCUUUCAGACACACAGGAGCUUCAUCCUCCAAAUGGGUUUCUUGGGCCAUCAAUCCUCGGGGUCUUGCAAUGGCGGGAUCGCAGGCUCUUGUUGCCUACGAAAAAAGUGGAGUCUUCCAUGCCUAUACCUCACCUAUAGCUAGUACCAGUACAGAUCUCGCCGAGGGCAAUUUGAGCUUUGGGGUUUCGAAUCUUUCAGCGAGUUUCGCGAACACCGAGAUCACCAUAUUCGCAAAGUUGGUGCUUUCCGAUGGCGAGACUAAGGUGAACCAGGUCUGGCAAGAAGGUAAUAUGGUCAAUGGAGUUCCUCAGAUUCAUGCCACCAGCGGCCCAAACAUGCAAUCCACGGCAACUCUCGAUUUACUUACUGAACAAGCCAGCAACACCGGAGGAGGAACAGAUUCUAAGCUUCGACGCAAGAAUGUUCAUGGAGUACUAAGCGCAGUAAGUUGGGGAGUUUUGUUGCCAAUAGGAGCAAUGAUGGCUAGGUACCUAAAAGUGUUCAAAGCAGCAGACCCUGCAUGGUUCUACUUGCAUAUUGCUUGCCAAACUUCUGCUUAUGCUGUUGGAGUUGCUGGUUGGGCAACAGGUCUUAAACUUGGUAUUGAAUCUUCUGGUGUUCAAUAUAACCUGCAUAGAAACAUUGGAAUAGUCCUUUUCAGCCUUGGAACACUUCAGCUAUUUGCUUUGCUCUUGAGGCCAAAGAAAGAUCAUAAAUACAGAUUGUAUUGGAAUAUCUAUCAUCAUUCUGCUGGUUAUGCUGUGAUUAUUCUAAGCAUCAUCAACGUUUUCGAAGGAUUAGAAAUUUUGGAACCUGGAAAGGACUGGAAAAGGGCAUAUAUUGCAAUCCUUAUUUGCUUAGGUUCCAUUGCAGCCAUGUUAGAAGCUGUAACAUGGUACAUUGUUAUAAAGAGGAAAAGGGUCAGCUCUGACAAGUUUCAGCACAACAUAAAUGGUUCAGCAUAUGGAGUUAAUGGUCAUGGUAAUGGGACACACCAGGUUGUGUAGAUAUAUAAGAGUAAUUAGACUUUGUACUUUUCUAAGAUUCUCUGUAAUUUUUUUUUUUUUUUUUUUAUAAUUUUUUUUUGGGGGUAGUUUUUAACACCAUGGUUGAGAGUUACAGAGAGCUUGAUAAUUUGUUGUGCUGUUAGAAUUCUUCUUUUCGCUUGUAGCCUACUCAUGACUUUGUUGUAUACAACUUUCUCGGUGAUUAUACAGAGUUUUAUUUAUUUUGUUUU